AAUGAAAUAGAAAAAGUUAGGUUAUGCUUAACGACUUUUAAGAUAAGUGGCCAAUAAUAAUAUUAUUUGUUAAACCUUAAAAAUUACGAUUUAAAAUAUGUAAUUAUGAUCGCCGAGGUAAAGUAAAUCAUACAUUAUAAAAUUAACACAAAAGGAACUGUGAAAAAAUGUUAAUGGACCCUGAUCUGGAAAUACGUGUUAAAAAGGCUACUGAAAGAAUAUCCGAGAAUAUGCACAUAGUUGCAAAUGAGCCUUCAUUGGCAUUUUAUAGACUGCAAGAGCAUGUACGGAAAGCCCUAAAUCCCAUAGUUGAUAGACGUUCUGAUGUUCUUAAACUUCAUCAAGAAUUGCAAGGAAGGUGUUACGAUGUAGAGUACGCUAUUAGUGCCAUUAAAGCAAUGAACAAAGCUGACACUAGUUUUAAAAAUACAUUGGAUCAUAUUAAAAAUGCAAUAUUUGUCAAACAGCAACUAAAGUAUGAAGAAUCGCGUAAAAAGAAACCAGAACCCAAUUCAGUAUACAAAAGACUCUCGGCUCAUAUUACAUUAGAUUUAACAGAACUAUCAGAAUUAUCUGAUGUUGUUAGGGAAACAGCCAAUCGUGUUGAGUCUAUGAUGUCUAAAGCUGCUCAUUCUAGUUCUUAAAAGUUACUUUUCAAUAGUUAUAUUGAAACAGUAAUGUUUUAUAAAUUCAUUUUGUAAAGACAGUGUGGAUUAAUUACCAUUAUUUAAUUAUCAAGGUUUAAGUUUCUAAUUAAGUACAUAAACAGUUCUUAAAAUAACAAAUUUAGUAUUUAAUACUGUUUUAUUUAUCUUUUGGCAAAUCUUGUAAAAUAAAAUUUAG